AUUUUCGAUAUUCAGGGAGUUGAUAGGGAAAAAUAAUUUGUUGAAUAAGACAAUUGUUGACUAUUUAUUAUCCGGAUUAUUAUUAUGACGAGCGAAUCGUUUACUAUUAAUGGUUACCCAAUUGGAUACGAUAGGUAUGGCACCGGUCCGUCACCUGUGCUUAUGAUACCCGGUGCUCUCGGCACGGGUAAAACUGAUUUUUACAAACAGUUGGAAGGGGACGACCAGUUAGAUCAGGACAAGUUCACCAUCAUUGCUGUGGACCCGCCCGGUUGGGGCCAAUCCCGACCACCCGCCAUUACAAUAUAUUGGUGGGGGUGGUAUGGCACCGGUUCGUCACCUGUGCUCAUGAUACCCGGUGCUCUCGGCACGGGUAAAACUGAUUUUUACGAACAGUUGGAAGGGGACGACCAGUUAGAUCAGCACAAAUUCACCAUCAUCGCUGUGGACCCGCCCGGUUGGGGCCGAUCCCGACCACCCGCUCGCAAAUAUGACGACAAUAUCUUCAAUAACGAUGCGGACUGUUAUUAUGAACUCAUGAAACAUUUAGGUUUUGUAAGAUUUCACGUGAUCGGUUGGUCUGAUGGUGCAAUGGCGAGCAUAUGUAUGGUCUGCAAAUAUCCCGAUGCUGUCAUACGAAUGGCAAUUCACGGCGGUUUACACACUGUAUAUUCAAAGACCAUAUCUGUAUUGAAGUCGACCCGUAAUGUCGAGGGUUGGCCUAAAGAGAGACUCGACGGCUGUCUUCGCGCGUAUCAAAGCAAAGAGGAGUUACAGAAACUAUGGGACAGACACUUGAAGUUUGUCGACUAUUAUAACGUGUAUUUCCCGCGGGACCCUCUUAUUAGCAAAUAUCCAAAAGUCAACUGUCCUAUUCUUGUCAUGCAUGGCGAUAAGGACGCGCUCACUACAAUAGAUCACCCUGAAUAUUUUGUGAAGCACAUAAAGUCUGCCCGAUUACACCAAUUCCCCGCCGGUAACCACGACUUGCACUCCCGGUAUGCCUCGUCUUAUAAGAGUCUUGUCGAAGAAUUUUUGCUCAAAUAAAGUUUUGGAUCAUUUAUAUCGACAAACAAUUCUUAUAAAGUGGCGAAC